UGUAGGGCAGCUUGAAUCAGUGAAGGAGGUGGCCAGUAACGGGACCGGUUGAAGUUUCACUUAAGAAACCACCUAUUGUUGACAUUUGCCGAAGUUAUUCAAUGGCAUGCCACGUAGAGAAAACGGGAACAAUAUAUUAGAUUCAUGCUAUAUUUUUGCUCACUCUUCGUUGUCUAAACAACUUGUGUUGUCCUUCGCAAGAAAAUUGUAGGAACCUUCCAGUGGCGUUCCACUGUGUCACUCGGAACUAUUUCUUAACCGGACUAUGGGAACACUUGUUAUCCUCAAAGGUUCAGGAAGAAACACGAUGAAGGAAAUUACAGUUUAAAUGAUAGCGUACAAUAUAAUUAGAGACGUGAAAUAUACAGCUCCGGGAGAAGUUUGAAUUAUUCAAGUAUGGAGUCGGGUCGACGGAAAGGUCUCAACGGGUUCCUGUCUUCCUUGUCACUGCUCUGUGUCAUUCUGGACAUCCAGUUGAACGGCUCACGCACACAAAGUGUUGUUUCAGGUGUCUUGGGGGCAACUCAUGUGGAGAUUGAGCAGCACUUGGAGAUGGGCCGUAAGCUGUUGGCCGCCGGUCAACUGGCGGAGGCUUUGUCCCACUACCACUAUGCAGUGGAGGGAGACUCUAAGAACUACCUCACCUACUACAAGCGGGCAGCUGUGUUUCUGGCCAUGGGGAAGUCCAAAUCAGCCCUUCCAGAUCUGACCAGAGCCAUCCAGCUCAAACCAGACUUCCUGGCUGCCAGACUGCAGAGAGGGAAUAUCCUCCUGAAGCAGGGCAACACCCAGGAUGCUCGGGAGGACUUUGAGACUGUGCUGCAGCGCUCCCCUGACCAGGAGGAGGCGCGGGACCAGUUGAUGAGGGCCAACGAGCUGGAGGAGCUGGGGGAGGAGGCCCACGCGGCCCACCACAGAGGAGACUACAGCACCACCAUCACUGUGCUGGACCGCGUCGUAGAGCUCUCCCCCUGGGACCCUGAGUCUCGGGAGCUCCGGGCUGAAUGCUACAUCCGCCUGGGAGAUCCCAGGAAGGCCAUCCAGGACCUGACUCCCACCACCCAGCUGAGGAAUGACAACCGAGCUGCCUUCCUCAAGCUCAGCACCCUGCAUUAUAACCUGGGAGAGCACCAGGAGUCACUAGGUCACGUCCGAGAGUGUCUGAAGCUGGACCAGGAUGACAAGGACUGUUUCUCGCACUACAAACAGGUGAAGAAGCUCAGCAAGCAGCUGGACUCUGCCGAGGAGCACAUCGAGGAGGCGAGGUAUCAGGAGGCCAUAGACAAGUAUGAGUCAGUGAUGAGAACAGAGCCUAAUGUGCCAUACUACACCAACAAGGCCAAUGAGAGGAUCUGCUUCUGCCUGGUCAAGAACAAGAUGGCUGCUAAGGCAAUAGACAUCUGUUCUGAAGCCCACCAGAGAGACCCACGCAACAUCAACAUCCUCCGAGACAGAGCUGAGGCUUUCAUCCUCAACCAGGACUACGAGAAAGCGGUGGAAGACUACCAGGAAGCGAGGGAGUUUGACAAGGAGAGCAAUGAGAUCAGGGAAGGUCUAGAGCGAGCCCAGAAACUGCUCAAGCUCUCUCGGAAGAGAGACUAUUACAAGAUCCUGGGUGUCAAUAGGAGUGCCAACAAACAGGAAAUCAUCAAGGCGUACAGGAAGCUGGCCCAACAGUGGCAUCCUGAUAACUUCAGAGAGGAGGCAGAGAAGAAGGAGGCGGAGAAAAGGUUCAUCGACAUCGCCUCGGCUAAAGAGGUGCUCACCGACCCAGAAAUGCGUCAGAAAUUUGACUCGGGCGAGGACCCCCUGGACCCAGAGAGCCAGCAGGGUGGUGGAGGGGGUCAGGGUGGCCAAGGAUGGCCCUUCCACUUCAACCCCUACGAGUCCGGCGGCAACUACCACUUCAAGUUCAACCACUAGUUAGGACGAGAAACAUGGGGGGCUGACGGAACCGGAAAGGACCUACGAUUGGGGGAUUUAAGGCCUAUGACAACCCGCGGAGUAAUUUAUGGAUGUACCCAGGUGUCGUCGGGUUUGGGGGAUUGUGGGUAAUGUAAUGAGACUACGGGGACGUGAAUGACUGUCAAAGGCGGUGGACUACUACUGUCCCGCGAGGGGUUGAGUUGUACGGAGUUAAACUUCCUACCACAGAUUCUACAUGGAUGAAACUGGGUGACAAUGUUGUCGGCAGUUGACUCUGAAAAGUAUUUAAGUAUUUUAUUAGGAUCCCCAAUUAGCCGCUUCCAAGGCAGUGGCUACUCUUCCGGGGGUCGAAAUAAAAAACAAAUAAUAUACAUAAUACAAUACAUAUAAAAAUGUCUGUCUCUCCACAGUCUGCAUCGUGAGGUGUUUUUUAUUUUUUAUCUGGUUUUAAGGCUGGCUGAUAAUGUUAUCUGGGGUGGCAGAGUUCCAUGUAGUCAUGGCUCUAAUUUAAUACUGUGCAUUUCCCAGCCUCAGUUCUGGACCUGGGGACUAUGAAGAGUCCUCUGGCUGCAUGUCUUGAGUGGUACUGAACUGUGUACCAACUGCUUGAAUGGACAGUUCAGUACCUUUUUAGCCCAUCAUCACCUCACACAAAGACCAAUAGUGAUGCAGUCAAUCAAUCCUCAACUUUGAGCCAAAAGAGAUUGACAUGCAUACCACUGAUAUUCACCCUCUGUGUACAUCUAAGUGCAAUACGUGCUGCUCUGUUCUGGAGCAAUUGCAAUUUUCCACUCGUGGUCGAAGAUGCGAGAAUGAAGACUGGUAUAGGUGCGCUGUUCAGACCUCCCAUCUAGGCCCAGGCUGUUGAUGACAUCAGUGCAUCCCUCCUCCAGUAUCCAUGUUCUUUUUCUUUGGGAUGUCUGUCUGCAGUGUUUUUCUUUGUUUGCAGUUUUUUUCCGCCUCAUUCUUCCUCAAAGGGCUCGUUUUGGUAACAACGUAGCUCUUUUGGUUUUUGCUCUGCUACAAUAACCUGGGUGCCGGACUCUAUCCAUUUAUUUAUAAUGCUAAGACGAGCUCAAGUCUGAUAAAAUCAGAUUCAGACUGACACCCAAGCUACUCAGACAGAUUAUAUUCAGAAAAGUACAACAUUUAGAGUUUUCAGAAUGUUUUCUAAGAGAUUGAUGUCGUUCUCUUCACCACACAAACUGUGUCUGUUCUGUUUUUUUAUAUUUCUAUCUGCAAAAAGCUCUGAACGUUGUUCUCCACUAAAUUGGCUUUCACUCCUUCCUGGUUGCGUACCCAAUCACCAUAGAAAAUUAUAGAGGCCUCUAGUGGCCAAAAGGCAGUUUUGGCAUGAGCAGUGCUAUUGAGGGCUUCCACCAUUUUAAUGUAGUCAACUGGGAGGGACUUCCAACUUCAUUGGCUGAUGACCAACCAGGAUCAGCCAAUCGUGAAGAAAAUUGACUAUGUAAAAAUUGAGCUUGCUAUAAUGGCACAGAUAUAAAGAUGAGUCCUUUCUCAAUGCCAAUCACACGACACCUUCCUAGUUGUGUACCCAAUCAAAAGUGUGAGCAUGAAGCUUGUCUGUCUACUUCCUGAAAGAGCCUGCGUUGUUGCAUUCUCUCUCCUUUUUCAUUGAUUUCAAAGCAUGUCUGAAUGAAAACUUGCACUUUUUGUAUUUUGUCUAUUUUCUUUUUAAUAACCACUCCUGAUGUUACUGAAAAUGUGUCCCAUGGUUCAAAGCAACUGAAGGGACUCACUGCAACCACGAACAAACUAUUGAGUCAUUUUAAUGUGUCAAACAAAUUAUGGACAAAAAAAUGUAUGGACUGUCAAUAUCAUCCCGUCAACUAUUAACAUACAUUGAAUUCUAAGGAUACAGUAUAGCUGUAACUGAAAGCUUUGAAUGUCACUGACACUACAGUGCCUUCAGAAAUUAUUCAUAGCCCUUGACUUUCUCCACAUGUUGUUGUGUUAGAGCCUGAAUUUAAAAUGGAUUACACUGAGAUGUUUUUAUGACAGGACUACACAUGUCAAAGUGGAAUUAUGUUUUCAUAAAUUAACAAAUUAAUGAAAUUAAAAGCUGAAAUGUCUUCAGUCAAUAAGUAUUCAA